AUGGCAUUGGGGGAUUUGAUGGCGGCAUCUCGGUUUUCACAGUCAUCGGCGGCCGUUUCGAACCACCUGGUUGAGUUCUCCGCAAAUGGGAAUCACGUGGAGGAGGAUGGAGAGAGGAGCGUGAACAGCAGUAAUAGCAUUGGUAAUACUAAUGCUCGGGAUUUGUCAGAGAUUGCAAGCAGUAGCUAUGCCGUGAUGACCUCGACGACUAGCAUGGCAUACUUGCCACAGAAUGUAGUGUUGUGUGAGUUCCGGCAUGAUGGGUUCGAGGAAUGUGUGCCCUCCGGCCCAUCUGACGGUGGAUUGGUCUCCAAAUGGAGGCCUAAGGAUCGGAUGAAGACGGGAUGUGUUGCUCUUGUUUUAUGUUUAAACACUAGCGUUGAUCCGCCUGAUGUUAUAAAGAUAUCUCCUUGUGCCCGGAUGGAGUGCUGGAUUGAUCCAUUUUCGAUGGCACCUCAAAAGGCAAUUGAUACAAUUGGAAGAACCUUGAAUCAACAGUACGAGAGAUGGCAGCCUAGGGCUCGUUAUAAGAUUUCAUUAGAUCCUACUGUUGAUGACGUCAAGAAACUUUGUACCACAUGUCGCAAAUAUGCAAAAUCUGAGAGAGUUCUGUUUCACUAUAAUGGACAUGGUGUGCCAAAGCCAACUGCUAAUGGUGAAAUUUGGCUAUUUAAUAAGAGUUAUACUCAGUACAUCCCUUUGCCAAUAAGCGAUCUGGAUUCCUGGUUGAAAACACCCUCAAUAUAUGUUUUUGACUGCUCUGCUGCUGGGAUGAUUGUUAAUGCCUUUGUUGAGCUCCAGGACUGGACUGCUUCAAGUUCUGGACCCUCCACGAGGGAUUGUAUUUUGCUGGCAGCCUGUGAAGCUCAUGAGAUACUCCCUCAAAGUGCUGAAUUUCCAGCUGAUGUAUUUACUUCCUGCCUGACAACACCCAUAAAAAUGGCUUUGAGAUGGUUCUGCACUCGCUCGUUGCUUCAUGAGUCCAUUGACUACUCGCUUAUUGAUAAAAUUCCGGGCCGCCAAACAGACCGGAAGACCCUUCUUGGGGAGUUGAACUGGAUUUUCACAGCAGUGACUGACACAAUUGCCUGGAAUGUUCUCCCACAUGAUCUGUUUCAGAGGUUGUUCAGGCAAGACUUGUUAGUUGCCAGUCUUUUUCGAAAUUUUUUGCUCGCAGAAAGAAUAAUGCGCUCCGCAAACUGUUCGCCAAUUUCAUAUCCAGUGUUGCCUCCUACUCAUCAGCAUCACAUGUGGGAUGCAUGGGACAUGGCUGCUGAAAUAUGCCUUUCCCAGCUUCCAACUUUGGUUGAGGACCCUAAUGCAGAGUUCCAGCCAAGUCCAUUCUUUACCGAGCAGUUGACAGCUUUUGAGGUGUGGCUUGAUCAUGGAUCGCAGUAUAAAAAACCACCAGAGCAGUUGCCAAUAGUUCUUCAGGUGUUACUUAGUCAAUGCCAUAGAUUUCGUGCUCUGGUACUUCUUGGUAGAUUUCUUGAUAUGGGGCAUUGGGCAGUGGAUCUGGCCUUAUCAGUGGGGAUAUUUCCUUAUGUCCUAAAGCUUUUGCAAACAACCAAUCCAGAACUGCGGCAAAUACUUGUAUUUAUUUGGACAAAGAUCCUUGCACUAGAUAAGUCUUGCCAGGUUGAUCUUGUGAAGGAUGGUGGACAUACAUAUUUCAUUAGGUUUCUUGAUAGUGUAGAAGCAUAUCCCGAGCAACGUGCAAUGGCUGUAUUUGUUUUGGCAGUCAUUGUAGAUGGUCACAGGCGGGGUCAGGAAGUCUGCAUUGAAGCUGGAUUAGUACACGUUUGCCUGAAGCAUCUCCAGGCUUCAUCUCCUAACGAGGCACAAACUGAACCUCUAUUUCUUCAAUGGCUAUGCUUGUGCUUGGGGAAAAUGUGGGAAGAUUUUGCAGAGGCACAAAUAAUAGGUUUGCAGGCAGAUGCCACUUCUAUUCUUGCAUCUCUACUAUCUGAGCCCCAACCUGAGGUCCGGGCUGCGGUUGUUUUUGCUCUGGGCACUUUACUUGACUUUGGGUUCGACACAUCUAGGGAUAGUCUUGGAGACGAAGAUUGUGAUGAUGAUGAAAAAGUUAGGGUUGAAACUGGUAUUGUUAAGAGCCUCCUAAAUGUUGUUUCUGAUGGAAGCCCAUUGGUGAGGGCCGAAGUUGCUGUAGCUCUGUCACGUUUCGCCUUUGGCCACAACAAACACCUAAAGUCAGUCGCUGCUGCAUACUGGAAGCCUCAGUCUGGCUCUGUACUCACGUCCUUUCCUUCUUUUGCUGUGAAGGGUUCUGGGAGUGGUUAUUCAACUCCUACCCACAUCAUCCCACAUGGAAAUAUACCGUCUCCAGUUGGUCCAUUGUUGAGAGUUGGGAAUGACAGUCAGUCAGUAGCUCGUGAUGGGAGAGUUUCCACCAGCAGCCCUCUUGCUUCUGCUGGAAUAAUGCAUGGAUCUCCUCUUUCUGACGAUUCAUCUCAGCAUUCUGAUUCUGGCAUGCUGAAUGUUGAUUCAGUUGUUAACCAUACAAGAUCUAGGCCACUAGACAGUGAAUUGUAUUCACAAUGUGUAUUGGCUAUGUGUACUCUGGCAAAGGAUCCAUCACCACGUGUUUCAAGCCUUGGGCGACGAGUGUUAUCUAUCAUUGGCAUUGAGCAAGUUUUUGCAAAAUCCACAAAGUCCGCUGGUAGAAGUGGUCGGCCUGGUGAAUCAACUACUAAUCCAAACUCUAAUGUAGCUGGACUAGCUCGUUCAUCUUCUUGGCUUGAAUUGAAUGGAGGACAUUUGUCCCUGACAUUUAGAACUCCUCCAGUCAGUCCUCCUAGAUCGAACUUUUUGACAGGAAUAAGAAGAGUGUGCUCCUUAGAAUUCAGGCCACAUCUGAUGAAUUCUCCUGACUCGGGGUUAGCCGAUCCACUUUUAGGUUCUGCUGGACCAUCUGGAGUUUCAGAACGAAGUUUUCUUCCUCAAUCAACCAUCUAUAAUUGGAGUUGUGGUCACUUUUCAAAGCCACUUCUUACUGUAGCGGAUGAUAGUGAAGAUAUAAUUGCUAGAAGAGAACAGAGGGAAAAACUGGCCCUGGACCAUAUAGUGAAAUGCCAACACUCUUCUGUGAGCAAACUUAAUAAUCAAAUUGCCAGUUGGGAUACAAAAUUUGAGACUGGCACUAAGACUGCGUUGCUGCAGCCAUUCUCACCUGUUGUGAUUGCGUCAGAUGAGAACGAAAGGAUUAGGGUAUGGAAUUAUGAGGAAGCUACUUUGCUUAACAGCUUCGAUAACCAUGAUUACCCUGACAAAGGAGUUUCAAAAUUAUGUCUUCUAAAUGAGCUUGAUGAAAGCCUGCUUCUUAUUGCUUCGAAUGAUGGAAAUGUCCGAAUCUGGAAAGACUAUACGUCAAAAGGACAGCAGAAAUUAGUUACUGCAUUCCCUUCAAUUCAGGGUCACAGACCUGGAGUACGCAGUGUGAAUGCUGUUGUUGAUUGGCAGCAGCAGUCUGGAUAUCUUUUUGCUUCGGGGGAGAUUUCGUCUAUUAUGGCUUGGGAUCUGGAGAAAGAGCAACUUGUAAAUACCAUUCCAUCAACCUCAGAUUGCAGUAUCUCAGCAUUGUCUGCUUCUCAAGUUCAUGGAGGUCAAUUUGCCGCUGGUUAUGUGGAUGGAUAUGUCAGAUUAUUUGACAUUCGCACACCUGAAAUGCUUGUCAGUGCUACCCAACUACACAAGCAACGAGUAGAAAGAGUUGUGGGGAUUGGCUUCCAACCUGGACUUGAACCGGCAAAGAUCGUUAGUGCAUCGCCUGCUGGUGAUAUCCAGUUUCUCGAUUUAAGACGUGGCAAGGAUGCAUACCUUACAAUUGAUGCUCAUAGAGGAUCUCUUACAGCUUUAGCUGUUCAUCGGCAUGCACCCCUUGUAGCAAGUGGCUCAGCUAAGCAACUUAUCAAAGUCUUCAAUUUGGAGGGCGAGCAAUUAGGUACCAUUCGGUAUUACCCCACUUUCAUGGCCCAAAAGAUAGGAUCGGUUAGCUGUCUUACGUUCCAUCCCUAUCAAGUGCUGCUUGCUGCUGGAGCUGCAGAUGCCUGCGUUUCGAUCUAUGCAGACGAGAUCUCUCCAUCGAGAUAA